CUAGUUCACAGAGAAAAUCGAAGCAACCAUAUAGCUGCUAGUAGCGUUGCUGCUCUUAGCCUUCUUCGCAGAUCGAUCGAGAGCUAUAGCUGCUACUGCUAGUUCUUGUGAGCCUCGUGGUUGUCGCGGCAAGAUGGUCGGGGCUGUGCAGGAAGACAUCGUCCGUGAGUGGAACGGCCUUGAGACGAAUGGGUACGAGAGCAGGGCCAUGACGAAGCCGCAGCCGCGUGCAGAGGAGAGCAAGUGGUACGAGGAGGAGAUCGACGAUGACCUCAAGCUCUGCUACGCACUCAACAGUGUGCUGCAUCGAGGGGCAAGCAAGUACCAGGAGAUAGCUCUCAUCGAUACAAAGCAUUUCGGGAAGGCUUUGAUCAUCGACGGGAAGAUGCAGAGCACGGAGGUGGACGAGUUCAUCUACCACGAGUCACUGAUACACCCGCCCCUUCUCUUCCAUCCCAAUGCGAAGACGGUGUUCGUCAUGGGCGGCGGCGAGGGCUCCGCGGCGAGGGAGGUGCUCAGGCACAACACGGUCCAAAGGGUGGUCAUGUGCGACAUAGACGAGGAGGUGGUGGACUUUUGCCGGACUUACCUGAGCGCCAACUGGGGCGCCUUCUCCAGCGACAAGCUCUGCCUCGUCUUCAACGACGCCAGGGCCGAACUGGAGAAGAGCCGGGAGAAGUUCGACGUGAUCGUGGGCGACCUUGCGGACCCCGUGGAGGGGGGACCCUGCUACCAGCUCUACACCAAGUCCUUCUACGAGCACGUCGUCAAGCCCAAGCUCAACGACCGCGGCAUCUUCGUCACGCAGGCCGGGCCGGCCGGUGUGCUGACCCACAGGGAGGUCUUCUCUUCCAUCUACAACACCAUCAGGCAUGUCUUCAAGUAUGUGAAAGCGUACACUGCUCACGUGCCGUCGUUCGCUGACACCUGGGGCUGGGUCAUGGCAUCGGAUCAUCCAUUUAACCUGACUGCCCAAGAAAUCAAUGAAAGGAUCAAGGAGAGGGUGGACGGGGAGCUGGUGUACUUGACCGGGGAGUCCCUCAUCUCUUCCACCGUUCUCAACAAAAGCGUCUGCCAGUCGCUGCAGAACGAGACACACGUGUACACGGAGGAUGACGCGAGGUUCAUCCACGGGCACGGGAGGGCGCGCUGUGCUUUAACUGAACGUUGAACAAGCCUUCGAGUUGAGGCCCGGCAGCCUCUCUCCACACGGAUCGGACACACUCCCUUGAGUGGAUCAGUGAUCAGUAUCCGGCGCAAGGGAUGAUGGUCAAGUGUAGAUGGCAAGUCCGAAACCAAAAAAUAUAUAUUAUAAAACUGUAUAUGUUCUGUGCUUCGCAUUCUUCCUGUGCAAAUGGAUACGUUUUGCUGUGAAGCAUAAUUCA